UUUUUAACCAUACAUGACGUCGACAGGAGGGACUUACAUAAGUCAUUUCAAUUUCAACGACUUUGUCGUCUCCGUCACCGAGUCUAACAUGCCAAGUUUCACGACAGCGAAUUUCCGAUGGCAGCUAGUAUAUUAUAAAGUGUAAUUAUGUUAUAACUAUCGUGUUAUAAUUUGUUGAUUAUUAGAAGAUUAUAUUUGUUAUUAAAUAAUUUAUCAUAACUGUUCGGUUAAAUAUUUUAAAAGUACAAUUUUUGUCAUGAAGCACAAAGGCAAGUGUAAUAGUCCAGCUUUAGGAGUAGAAAAACAACAGUUGUGUUUACUCCGACCAAGAAAAACAAUAGUGAAAUUAUGAUAAGGAAGCCAAAAAAUAGAACUAAGAAUUCCAAACCAGUCAAUGGCAGUGACAGAAGUUUUCCAUCCUCUCUUGAUGUAAGGAAGCGCAAGCAUUCAGUCAAUAAAAGUGGUGAGAGCUCAAAUACAAAUCGUGGUAAGGGUAACAUCAAAGACACCAAUGCACAAACAGCCAUUACUGAAAAAGAUGACGUAGCAAUCGCUAUCAAAGUAGCAGCGUUUGUCAGGAAAGUAUUACACAAUGAAUUACCCAAAGAGAAGAUGGAAUGGCCACUAUUUUUAUUGAUUGAAUCCAGACAAUCGGUCAAAAUUUCUCAACAAGAUUUUCAAAACAUGAUAAUAAACAAAUCUGCUGAAAUCAUGGCCACCAAAUCAUAUUAUGCAAAGCAAAUGGAUAGUAUAUCAAUUUGUGAAGAAAAACAACAAUCAUAUUAUGAAAAAUAUAAACAAUUAUUAAAUCAUGUAAGUACUUUGAGUGCCAAACUGGAUCGUCUGAAUAGGAUGCCUCCCACUGCUGUUAAACAUGUUAGAAGUGUUGGAACAAAUGUCAAUAUGCUGUAAACUAUAACCAUGCCUAAAAUUAUUGGAAUGAUCACCACCGGUACUAAGCUAAGAAAUUAUUGACUACUAAUUUGUAAGAAGUUCAUUUUUAUAAAACUUUUUAUUAUUAAUUGUAUUGCUCUUUAACUAAGGUAUUUAAUUUUUCUAUAUUAUUAUUAUUUAACUUUGAGUGCAAUGCUAAGUCAUCACCAGUGUGGGAGAGUAACUUGACUUAAGUUACUGUAACAAAAUUACUUUUCAAGUAAUUUGAUGGUUAUUUACGAAAUUACUCAUUACUUUAUUAUGGUUUGAUACAUUAGAAUUUAUUGAUAAUGUAUGUAAAUAUUAAAAGAUAUCAUACAGGUAUCACAAUUCAUAAUAAGCAAAAUUAUUCUAAAGUCUGUUAUUUUUCUUAUAGCUAUUAAUUAUUGGACAAUAAAGUGUUAUAUUUGUAAUGGAA